UACCAUUCACAGAAGUAGUUGCGACGUCCUUCUUUACUGAUCUCUCGUGACAAAUUUUACGCAUCCCGACUAUUGGAAUAUCUUGUUUCCUACAGCUAAAACCAAAAAAUAAGAAUGUCAACCAUAAAAUUAAAAAGUUCUGACGGAGUCAUCUUUGAAGUAGAUUUACAAAUCGCUAAACGCUCCAAAAUGAUCGAACAAAUGAUUGCAGUUUUAGGCACAGAUGAUUUAGACGAAAAUGAUUAUUUCCCUUUACCCAAUGUCACAUCGCCUAUUUUAGAAUUGUUUAUUGAAUGGUGUACUCAUCAUAAAAAUGAUUCUUUAGUAGAAAGAGAUGAUACGGAAACAGUGUCGGAAUGGGACGAAAAUUUUUUCAAGGUUAAUACAGAUAAUUUGAAGGAGCUUAUUUUGGCUGCAAACUACUUAGAUGUUACAGAAUUGUUGAGUGCUGCAUGUGUGCAGGUAGCUAAAAAAUUUGCAGGAAAAACUCCAGAACAAAUUAAGAUAUAUUGGAAUAAUCUAACAAGUUAGUUUUAGAAAUUUUACAUCGGCUCUCUACAAAGAAUGAUUAAUAAUUGUACAUAAUAACAAAUCGAUAAUAGUUUUACAAUAAGAAUGUACUUAAUAUAAUAAAAUACUCAUAUCU